AUGAUUUUAACGAGCGAUCACCUCAAGAAUCUUUCUGAAUUUGUUUACUCGUCGGACGACUUAUCUAUUUGCGGAUAUUUGAUGCAGCCAUUUUGGAAUUGGCUAUGUUUAAAGAUUCCACAUUGGGUAGCUCCGACAACGCUGAGUACUAUUGGCAUUUUUAUAAAUACAUUUACCACCCUUGUUGUUCUUUUCUUUUGCCCAUCGGGAUCGGAGCAGGCUCCUAGUUGGGUUUACAUCCUGUGUGCAGUUGGACUAUUCCUUUACCAAACUGUCGAUAGUUUGGAUGGUAAACAAGAAAGAAAAAUCGAUUUUCUGGCGUCUUUGUCUGAUAUGUUUGAUCAUGGGUUCGAUUCUGUUUCGAAUGUAUUGUUGUUGAUAUCAUUUGGAUGUGUAAUGCAGCUAGGACACCAUUCCACGCUACUAUUUUGUAUGUGGGCAUCUGGGAUGUUCAUGUUUUACGUUGUACACUGGACUACAUAUGUGACAGGGGUUGUCAUGUUUUGCAGAUUUGACGUCACAGAAGCUCAACUGGUAGUGAUAAUCAUAUUUUUAUUGACAGCGGUUUUUGGUCCAGGAAUAUGGGCGUACAAGGGCAGCCACGCCAUAGGUCCAAUCGUACCUAUAGCAACUGUGUUGAUAUUGACUGUGAUGAGCAUUCAUAACUCAACAAGUGCAGUAUAUGAAAAACAUCCGUGUUUGUUUCUACUAGCUUAUGGUAUUGUUGCAGCUAAAUAUAUCAACAAGUAUGUG